UGGGAAGGCUGGAGCCCGAGUAUAAAGGCAGCCAGCCUGAGGUGGCGGGUGACUGCACAGAGCCCAGAGUCCAGCAGCAGAGACUCCAUCGGCUGAAGUUCCGCAGUCUGGACUCUGCAGCUGCUGUGGUGCAAAGUGACCUCUUUUUUUCCUGACUUUCUCCGGCUUGUGGUCUUCUGAGAUGACGGUUGUGUGUGCAGUGGCAGCUGUCCGGUUCUUGGUCUUGCUAGCAGCGAUGGCUUUUUGCAGCCUCCCUCCGCUUGGAGUCAGCGCCACCUUGAACUCGGUUCUCAUCAAUUCCAAUGCUAUCAAGAACCUGCCCCCACCGCUGGGUGGCGCUGCGGGGCAGCCGGGCUCGGCCGUUAGUGUGGCGCCGGGAGUUCUGUACGAGGGUGGGAACAAGUACCAGACUCUUGACAACUACCAGCCCUACCCCUGCGCAGAGGAUGAGGAGUGCGGCACUGAAGAGUACUGCUCCAGUCCCAGCCGCGGAGGUGCGGGUGUGGGCAUACAGAUCUGUCUGGCUUGCAGAAAGCGCAGGAAACGCUGCAUGAGGCACUCUAUGUGCUGCCCCGGGAAUUACUGCAAAAACGGAAUAUGCAUGCCUUCUGACCACAGCCAUUUGCCGCGAGGGGAAAUUGAGGAAAGCAUCGUUGAAAACCUUGGUAACGACCACGGCACUUUGGAUGGCUAUCCCAGAAGGACCACGCUGACUUCAAAAAUAUACCACACCAAAGGACAAGAGGGCUCUCUCUGCCUCCGAUCCUCAGACUGUGCCAUGGGACUGUGUUGCGCGCGACAUUUCUGGUCCAAGAUCUGUAAACCUGUCCUCAAAGAGGGGCAGGUGUGCACCAAGCACAGGCGGAAAGGCUCCCACGGGCUGGAGAUAUUCCAGCGCUGUUACUGUGGGGAAGGCCUGUCUUGCAGGAUACAGAAGGAGCACCACCAAGCCAAUAACUCUUCUAGGCUGCACACCUGCCAGAGACAUUAAACUGACUGUCUAGAUGUGACGGACUCCUUUAUCUAAUAUAUGCUGCGAAAGCCUUUAUGACUUGUCAGCUCGAUCCCAAGGAUGUACAAACCUCCUGUGUAGAGUUGAGCAUUCCGAGAAUACCUUCCGCAAGUCCGGAGUGUGAGGACUUUGUUUCUUGAUGGAACUCAUCCGUGGUUGCAGUAAAUUACUGUGUUGUAAAUCCUCGGUGUGGCACUUACCUGUAAAUGCAACAAAAGUUUUAAUUAUUUUGCUAGAGGUGCUGCAUUGGUCUUGUUUCUUUUGCAUGUAAAUUUUUGUACACAUUGAUUGUCUUGAGUCAUAAAUAUUCUAUAUUGAAGGAAUUUCAGCUCAUAGUUCCUAAAUGUGUAACCCUUUCUACUUUUAUUUCUAGAGUAUAGGAUGCAAGGAGUUCUUGGAAUAGCCAGUGAUAGGCAUGUAAAUUUUAACAUGAAAAUACUAGUUUAUUUCCUGAGAUGUGCUAUCUUUGCUUGGAUAGUCCUUCUCUCUCUCUCUCUCUCUCUCUCUCUCUCUCUCUCUGCUCUGAUAGUCCUUGAAAUAAAAUUUAACAUUUAAUAAUCAUAAAUUGUUACAAGUAUAGAUGCAUUUUGGAACUGUCAUCUUAGGGGAAGGUGUGUGUGUUGUUGUUGUUGUUGUUUUUAAAAGAUAAGAUAUAUGUCUAUGUGUGAGUAGCUUUAAAGAGAAUGUAUUCCACAUUUAUAAACUCAAAUGGUUAUGGUGAUACGGGAUGGAUCAGAUAUUACUACUUUCAAAAAUACUUUUCUACCAGAUGUGGUUGGUGGCUAAUCAUAUAAACCCAGGAUUCUGGAGGCUGAGGAAGGAGGGGUAUGCCCAUGAAUUCAGGUCCAUCCUGGCCGACCUAGUGAAAUCCAAGGCAAUUUCUGCCACUGAGGGAUGUUUCAAAAAGGCAUCCGUAAAAAAAAUGGUUUCCAACAAAUUAAUAUUUAUUUAAGUGGCCAAUAGUUACUGGAAGGAAGGGGAUUUCCAAGAAAGCAAUUACAAAGUCCACGGUGAUGGGCAGAAUGGAGAGGAGGAUGUGUGGAAACACGGCGAACAAGUGCAUUCCGAUGUAAGCCAAAUAAUUAAUUUGGAAUAUAUUAUAUACUCUGACAUGCAAGAAAAUUUGCCUUAAUUACUCUGAUUUAAAAAUGAUUACAAAACCACAAAUUCUAGAAUGUCCCACUUCUCUUAUCAAGUGAUUAUUUCAAUUUUUGUUUCACCUGUAUUGCAUUGAUUAGAAUGAGGAGAGGGAUGUAUAAUUUUGUUAAAAAUAUAAUAUACAUAUUAGAUUUAUAUAUAAAUUAUAUAUAUAUAUAUAAUAACACAUACACACACACAUAUAUGUUCCAAAUCGGGGGAAGAAUAAAAUAACCUUCCUCAUUUAUUUUUUUCUGUAGUAUUCUGAAAGUCUGCAUCAAAACCACAAAACACUAGGUUCACUAUUCAAAGGAUAGUAGUGACUGGCUGACUGUGCCAACAUGUUCUUUAAAUAGCACAGAUGUCCUAGAAUAUUCAUUGCUUUUUAUGUUCCCGGAAGUGGUUAAUUUUGAAGGGAGUCAGGCUACAGCACAUGCUCUCUGUUGGCUCACGGAGAGGGGACCUGGUAGGAUGU